GGGUGGGACUUCCGGUGGAGCUAGCUAUCUGACCAGAUAGUGUGUACCGGGAAACGGUCGACGAAGCUGAGUGUCAGUCAUGCCGCACAACUUCAAACCGGGAGACCUGGUUUUCGCCAAGAUGAAGGGAUACCCUCACUGGCCGGCACGGAUUGAUGAUGUUGCUGAUGGGGCAGUCAAACCCCCACCCAACAAGUACCCUAUUUUCUUCUAUGGUACCCACGAGACAGCAUUUCUUGGCCCCAAGGAUCUUUUUUUGUAUGAAAAAUACAAGGAUAAAUAUGGGAAACCAAACAAGAGGAAGGGAUUCAAUGAAGGACUAUGGGAAAUACAGAGUAAUCCUCACGCCAGCUAUAGCAUGCCCCGUCCGUUAGUUAGCUCAUCUGAUAGUGAUGUGCCAGAUGAGCAGGCAACAGCUGGGACAGAGUCUGGACUAGAGGAAUCCGUGCCGGCCCUCCCUCCACCUGACGAGGCAACAUCUAGUGAGGAAGAGGGUAGCGAUUUUGGGGGAGUGAAAAGAAAAGGACCAAUUGUCAAGGAUCCCAAAGCAAAGCGUGUAAAACAUUCAUCCAGUGAGCAGGAUCCAGACAGUGCUUCUACCUCUGAAGAAGAGAACUCUGACAGUGACCAGGAUUUUAACCCAGAAAAAAACAAAACACAGAGGAAGACAGGACCCGGAGGAAGAAAAAGCAAGGCAGCAGUAAAUUCUGGGUCUGACUCAAAAUCUGACUCUGAAGAUGAAGGGAAGGAUGAUGUGAAAAUGCCGUCAUCAUCGUCGUCUUCUGAUUCUGAAAAACCUGUGAGGAAAGCUCCAAGAGGCCGUAAACCAGUUGAAAAAUCUGCAUCAAAGCCUCGUGGCAGAGUCCGAAAAACAGAGACUCCCCCAGACAGCUCUAGCAGUGACAGUGACAGUUCCCCAGACCGGGUUAGUGAAUGGAAGAAGCGAGAUGAGGAAAGGCGGAGUGCGCUGGAAGAGCGGAGGAGAAAGGAACAAGAGGAGCAGUUGCGCCGACUACGUGAGGAGGAAAAGGAGGAGGAUGAGAGAAAAAAGAGAGAGAAGAUAGAAAAGGGGGACAAAGGUAAAACUGACAGUGACAGCAGCCAAAGCGAUGAUGAAGAUUUUAAGCAAGAAAAGAGAUUUACAUCUUCUGACUCUGAAAAUGAGAAAAAAUCCACAAAGGAAUCGAAAACUAGUCCAGGAGAUGGGAAGAAAGCCCCAAAGAAGGAAAAAGACAGAAUGGCCUCAGAUUCAGACAGUGACAAGAAGAUUAAGAAGACUGUCAAAAAGACACCAGCUUCACAGUCUGCGAAAAAAACAACUGAGAAGGAAAAACGUGGAGACCGACCAAGAGGAAGGCCUCCCAAGACUGAUAAGGGAAGAAAGAAACCAGAAACAAUAAAUGACCGGAAAACACAGAAGAAAGAGCCUACAGUAGAAGAAAAACUCCAGAAGCUCCACAGUGAGAUCAAGUUUGCAUUGAAAGUGGACAAUCCUGACAUACAGAAAUGUCUGAAUGCUCUGGAGGAGCUUGGUGGUCUCCAGGUGACUUCUCAUAUACUGCAGAAGAAUACAGAUUUGGUUGCCACGCUCAAAAAGAUACGCCGGUACAAGGCCAAUCAAUCUGUAAUGGACAAGGCUACUGAAGUAUACAGUCGAAUCAAGGCUCGUAUUCUGGGUCCCAAAUCUGAGUCUCAACUGAAAGACAGCCAGAAAGAUAACAUCGGCGAAAAAGAUAAAGAAACGCCAGUGAAUGGAGACUCUACAUCCCAAGCAAAUGAGGGUAGUGUUGAUAAGGAAAGUGAAGAACGUAACCAAGAGUGUGAAACAAGUGAUCAUGGAAAGGAAGAAGACGGUACUAAUCUCACAGACGAAACUAGUAAUGCCGGCCUGAUCCCUGCUGAGACUUCUGGAAGUUGAGGGUCUGUGACACAUAGGAUUCUACUCCAUUAUUGCUGAAGACUGUCUUUGUCAGAAGUCCAUUUCAAGGGUUGCAUCUACUGUGUCCCCCUAUGCUCUUAGUGAUGUUUGGUUAUUUUUUGUUUUGUUUUUCCUAGUUUAUUUCUUGUGACAUGAAAUGAGUAUAAAAAGUUUUUAUAGAUAAUCUGUGUAUUUUGUCGUCUUUGGGGGGAGGGGUAUCUUAAUGCUGGGUUGUUUCUGUCCAAAGAACUGUAUCUAGCCACAUUCUCUAAAAAUCAAAUUGAUUUAAGUAAUCUGUAUUCUUUUGGUGGGAAUUUGAAAUGGUUAAAACCAGAUAGACUCAGAGCUUGGUGUUUCUUACAGCUCGUUUUGUUUGUUUAGAGUGGUCCAAAACAUAACGUCCAUUUUAUCUAGAGUUUAAAAAUUGUUGAUAUAUUGUGGUAUCUUUUAACACCCUACUUAGAAGAUUUUAGGAUAUUUGUAAUAAUAAUUAAAAAAAAAUGUAUGCCUAUUUGUUGUGAGCCAUACUAGUGUGGGUUAUUUAUGUAAUUUUCUAGUUAGCAGACCCGGCUUCACCUUCUGUUCAUUUAAAUAUAGUUUUUACUUAUAAACCCCUAUUGUAAACUGUUGUGGAAUGUGUUUUGGCGCUAUGUAAAUAAAAGAUGCCGUCGUAGCGCAAAA